AAGUACUUAUAUCGAAAGAAAAGUAUCGAUAAUUUAUCGAUAUCGGUACUAUCGCAAAGUCCCUAAUUCUUACACAUUGGCCACUUUUUAAUUGAAAUCAAAGUAUUCUAAUAUGUUUAAUACGAUUUUAAUACGUACAGCUGGUAAAAGCUGCCUUCCGAUUUCCGGUCAUUUACAAUGUAUCCACGCGAAGUGUUUGUCACAGUUAACAGAAAAUCAAGUAGAACUCAUGAGAAAAAAGCUACCUCAAAAGAAGGCAAUAAAAGGGGUCAAGCACAUAAUAUUGGUAGCCUCCGGUAAAGGUGGUGUUGGGAAAUCAACAACUGCUGUGAAUCUUGCUACAGCUUUAAAAUGUGUAGCACCUAACAAAGACAUUGGGUUAUUGGAUGCAGAUGUAUUUGGUCCAUCCAUACCGUUAAUGAUGAAUUUACAUGAAACACCAUUGAUUAAUAACGAUAACCUUAUGGUACCUCUCAUUAACUAUGGAGUAAAAUGCAUGUCCAUGGGUAAUUUGAUAACUAAUCAAUCAGCUGCCAUUUGGAGAGGGCUGAUGGUUAUGAACGCUAUCGACAAAUUAAUAAGAGGAGUUUCCUGGGAUCAUACAGAUUACAUGAUUGUUGAUACACCACCUGGAACAGGAGAUACACAUUUAUCUCUUGCACAAAAUCUACCAAUAAGUGGUGUUAUAAUUGUAACUACUGGUCAAAAAGCAGCGCUUGAUGUAACACGGAGAGGUAUAACAAUGUUUAAAAAAUUAAAUAUUCCCAUACUAGGAAUAGUACAAAAUAUGAGUGUCAUGAAAUGUACAAAAUGUUAUCAUGAAAAUCAUAUAUUUGGAAAUAGAGUUCAAAAAUUAGCAAAGCAAGAAAAAAUAGAUACAUUAUUUUCUGUACCUAUGGAUCCGAAAAUAAUUGAUGGUUGUGAUUCAGGUCAACCUAUUGUUGUUACUCAUCCAGAUUCACCACAGGUUAAAAUCUAUAAGAGUUUAGCAGAUUAUGUGAUACAUUUUUUGGACAAACCUAUGAGUAAAUGAUAGCAAUUCUGAUAUCAAUACCUAUUGAAUAUUAAAUAUUUCUAUUUUGUAACUAAUAAUUGUAUAAACUUCAUAUUAAAAU